AUGUAUAAUCAUAAUAAUUAUCAUAAAGUUAACAAACCAAAAGCGAAUCCGGGUGGUUUCAUUGCACCAAAUUCGGUAAACCCAGGAGGAUUUAUCGAUCCGAAUACAAAUCCUGGUGGAUUUCGCGUGCCAGCAAACUCAAAUCAAUAUCCUCCUGUUUCAGUCCCUACAUUUCCCCCAAUGAUUGAAGAAAGAAGAAGCUCAAUGCCUGUAAAAAGACAUAGCGUUCAAGUAGAAAACGAUAGUAGUAAUAUAAUUCAAUCUCCCAUAAAUGUUGCACCUUAUCCACCUUAUAGAAAUGAUAGGAGUUAUUCAUCUCAGCAAUCUCUGCAAAUUAUACCUCCAGUAAUGAGUGCUACGGAUUUACAACGGAGAUUUUACGGUACUUGUGGGGCAUGUGGUAAACCUAAUUCUGAUUUCGCCGAAUGUUCUUCUUGUAAUGAAUGGUUAUUACACAUGGAACAAAUGAUAAAAGCGAGAAAAGCUUUGGUAGAUCAACAAUUAUGUUCUAAUUGUGAAUUAGCUAAACAUGUACAUAAUCAUAUGGUUGCUUGCUCCACUUGCGGAUUUCCUAAAUCUAAUUUAGAAGAAUUGAACAAGCAAUUGACAAAUUAUUUGAAAUGUCCUACUUUUACUGAAAUCGCUCAAAGGAUGAGAAAAGAGAGGGAAUGUUUACCAUAUGACGAUCCUAAUUUUGCUAAAUUAUCCAAAGUCAUCAAGCUUUAUUCGGAACUCGAAAAACAAAAGGAUACAAAUUCUAAAUCGUUCCCAUCGCUAAAACAACCGCGUAGGACUACUCAAACUUUUACUAAAAACGAACCUACCUUAAAUUCUUUAAAAUCUAACAAUAAUAAUGACGGCAUGGCUUAUGUUGCUUCUUCUUAUAUACAUUCUCAAGCAAAAAUAUUAUAG